AUGUCCUGGCAAAGCAGCGGUAGUCAGUGGCGGCAGCAAGGUUAUGGGAGCUCACGUUGGGAGGCUGGUAGAAGAUACUCUGAGUAUGAUGCUGGCGGCGAUCAAAGAUACGAGUAUAAGGCUGGCGCAUCGGGCGGAUCAUGGAAGGGUGGGCAAGAGUAUUGGGACGGGAGUGGAAGCUCUGGAGGACAGUUUUGGAAGGGCGCCAGUGGUAGCUAUCAAAAUGACUCGGUGGAUUGGAUCGAUCCUGGCAGGCGUUGGACGGGCGAACAGCGCAGUGUUGAUGAGGAAGGAGGUGAGAAGCCAUCAGGUCUACCGCGAGCCAGGUCCCGAUCGAGAUCUAGAUCCAGCCCUAGGUACAUACGGCAACGUAGCCGUAGUCCUGAUUAUUCCAAUGAUAAUCAGCAGGACACAACACGUUCGAGUGAAGAAAGCGACUCGUCGGAACGAGGGGAAAGCGAGUCUGUGAGCCCGGAAGGCUUGGUUGUUCGGCGAGAAGCAGGUGGGCUGCUGGAAUUCGACGCGCCUUGUACAGUUCGAGGGGUGGAGUCGUUUAGUGAGGAAGAGAAGAAAAAGCUGGCACGGUUUGCCACAUGGGAAGAGGCGGUUGAACGUGGUAUUCUCUUACAGAAUGUUGUCGAUGCUCUUGAGACCUCCGGGGCGGCCCGACCUACCCCGAUACAACAGCAUGCUAUUCCGGUGAUAGCUGCCGGAGUGGACGUAGUAGCAAGUGCGCAGACGGGCACUGGAAAAAGUCUGGCAUUUAUCGCACCUAUUGUGUCGAAGAUUGGCAAAUUGUCUUCAACAGUUCCCCGGCCAUUCUUUCCAGGGAGGAUGGCCCAGGCGUCUCCACUGUGCAUGGUACUGGCCCCAACAAGAGAGCUCGCGAUGCAGUUGGUGAAAGAUUUUGAAUCGUGCUCGGUGAGCCUUGCUCAAGGAGAAAUGUGUCGAACAAUGGCAGCGUAUGGUGGAGAAACUGCAUCGCGUCAGGCGGACCGCAUUUGUGCGGAGCAGCUCGACGUGUUGGUGGCCACUCCCGGAAGGCUCCUCGAGUUUAACGAGACGGGAAGGGUGUCCUUGGGGUAUGUCAAGUUCCUCGUGUUGGACGAGGCAGAUCAGAUGCUAUCCAUGGGCUUGGAGGCGUAUGUUAAUAACAUUCUCAUGGACACGGACCUUACAGAGCCCAGUGGACGGCAAACACUGCUGUUCUCUGCCACUAUUGACAAUCCAAACCUCAAGCCGUGGCUAGAGGGCGAGGUGGGUUGUACGGGAAACCGUGUAGGAACUGAAGUUCAUUCACGAGAAGUUUUACGCUUGAUAGAUCGAUGUGCACUUGUUGAUUUUGCCCUCGUGAAUUCUGUUUGUGACAUGUUAAUCUCGCAGGCGAUAGUUUUCGUGGCAUCUCGUGAUAGAGGAAAGGAUCUCCAUAAACGAAUAUGUGGAAGUGGGAGUUUAUGCUGUGGUUUACUACAGGGCAAGCAGCUGCAGGCGGUCCGGGAAGAAGUCGUGAGGAGGUUCCGCACCAACGAAGAUCAAGUAUUGGUAUCGACCAGUGUUGCCGCGAGAGGCUUGGAUUUCCCGAACGUGACAUUAGUAAUUAACUACGAUAUGCCUGAGAGUAUUGAGACAUAUACGCACCGAAUAGGCCGGACAGGCCGUAUUGGUCACGAGGGUCGCGCUAUCGCAUACUACAACCCCGCUAGCAAGGACAGACGAAUUGGUGAUGCUCUUAUUGCCUUCUUGAGGAAGUAUAAUCAGCCAGUUAGCGAAGAGCUUAAGAAUGCAGGAAUUCGCCAUCGAGCGAUCGUUGGAGUUACAGCAGCUCGAGUCGCCGUCAAGGUCGUUCCCAGGAUCGUGGCGACUAUCAUCAUUACCGCUCUGGGAGGGAUAGGUCCUCUCGAUACAGCUCGUGGUGACCAGUGA